ACCAAUGUGAAGCACACAGAUCAACACAUUGUAAAUCGUCGACAUGUAAUUCCACACAUAAUAACACAGCAAUGUAACCGUUGUUGUUGUCCAGACGCGUCACGGGCGCUGCCUGAGUUCCCAGAGUUGGAUCUGCAGGACAGACCUCUUCCUGAUGGGAUCGUUCCAGAACACGUCGCAGCCUUCCAACAGCUCUACAGGGAACACUGUGAGGCCAUUCUGGAUGUGAUGGUGAACCUGCAGUUCACUCUGGUGGAGACGCUGUGGAAAACCUUCUGGAGGUUCAGCGAGAGCAUCGACGCAGACACACUCAGCGUUCAUGGUGAGUCAGAGGAGCGUCUGCCUAAGUGGUACCUUGUGGUGCUGUGUAAGUACCAGCCAGUUGUUCACUGGACCAGAGACUGUGACAACACACUGUACCAGACCCUGGUGGAGAUCCUUAUCCCUGACGUAUUACGACCCAUCCCCAGUGCCUUAACUCAAGCCAUCCGUAACUUUGCCAAGAGUCUAGAGAGCUGGCUGACAAGCGCCAUGAUGAACAUACCAGAGGAGAUGGUCCGCAUGAAGGUGAUGUGUGCCGGGGCGUUUGCCCAGACGCUGCGUCGCUACACCAGUCUAAACCACCUGGCCCAGGCAGCCAGGGCCGUCCUCCAGAACACCGCCCAGAUCAAUCAGAUGCUGAGUGACCUCAACAGAGUUGACUUCACUAACGUGCAGGAACAGGCGUCGUGGGUGUGUGGUUGUGAGGAUGCUGUGAUCCAGAGGUUGGAGCAGGACUUCAAGCAGACGCUACAACAACAUAACUCUCUGGAGCAGUGGGCUGCCUGGCUGGACGGCGUGGUCUCCCAGGUCCUAAAGCCCUACCCACACAGCCCUGCAGCCUUCCCUCAGGCUGCCAAGCUCUUCCUGCUGCGGUGGAGCUUCUACAGUUCCAUGGUGAUUAGAGACCUGACUCUGCGUAGUGCUGCCAGCUUCGGAUCCUUCCACCUGAUCAGACUGCUGUAUGAUGAGUACAUGUACUACCUGGUAGAACACAGAGUGGCCCAGGCUAAAGGAGAGACACCCAUCGCUGUCAUGGGAGAGUUUGCCAGUGUGGGCAGGAGUCUGAACUGUCAGGACCCUGAUAAAGAUGAGGAAGAGGAGGAGGAGGAGAGUGAUGAAGAGGGGGUAGAGAUGACCGUGCCGUCUAACUCCGCUGGUCUGGGAGAGGGGGAGGAGUCCCUGGAGCCGCCCGUCAAGCUAGCCAGGACUGACCCCCGGGGACUGUUCAAUACCACACACACAGAGUGACUCACACACACCCAACACGCACACUGACAACUGAAACACACGCUCUCGACUUAGCCGUUGGCUAACAUGACACACACACACCCUCAACAACACACACACCCUCAACAACACACACCCUCAACAACACACUCAUCCUUUGCCUUAAUGAUAGUUUGCUAUGAGCCCAUUUGUGAUCCCAUUGCCAUUAAGUUCCUUAUCUGUUCCUGCAACCUCACACACCCUGUCUGUCUGCACCUUGAUCUCUCGUGUGUGUGUAAGCGAAGGAGAGGUUUCACAGCUUACCUUUUCAUCUCUUUUAGUUAUCAUGGUUCCUCAUCACCUUCAUUGUGACAUAAGGGACAGUGACCUCUUCACUAGACACACUGGUCCUUCAUUGUGACAUAAGAGACGGUGACCUCUUCACUAGACACACUGGUCCUUCAUUGUGACAUAAGAGACGGUGACCUCUUCACUAGACACACUGGUCCUUCAUUGUGACAUCAGAGACAGUGACCUCUUCACUAGACACACUGGUCCUUCAUUGUGACAUCAGAGACGGUGACCUCUUCACUAGACACACUGGUCCUUCAUUGUGACAUAAGAGACGGUGACCGUCUUCACUAGACACACUGGUCCUUCAUUGUGACAUAAGACGGUGACCCCUUCACUAGACAGGGUAACAGUCUGUUCCAGAUUUGACCAACUUAUCCCACUAAUUAACUUUACCACUAGCUUGGCAACUUGUUGUUGGAUGCAGAAACAGUCUUGUACGAAUACCGUGGCUGAGAUUCAAUCUGAGGUGUGUUGUAGCACCCUUAACAUUUAAAGGUAAUACCUGACUGAGCUGACAUAUGCAACAUUUACCGUGAAGACGCUGAGGAACACUGCCUUUAAAUGGGGCACUGUCAGAGGUCUACAACGUACCUCUGACUGAAUCCAGACCUAUAUGUCCCUGUCAGAGGUCUACAACGUACCUCUGACUGAAUCCAAACCUAUAUGUCACUGUCAACAGAGGUCUACAACGUACCUCUGACUGAAUCCCUUCCUAUAUGUCCGUCAACAGAGGUCUACAACGUACCUCUGACUGAAUCCCUUUCUAUAUGUCCCUGUCAACAGAGGUCUACAACGUACCUCUGACUUAAUCCAGACCUAUAUGUCCCUGUCAGAGGUCUACAACGUACCUCUGACUUAAUCCAGACCUAUAUGUCCCUGUCAGAUGUCUACAACGUACCUCCGACUGAAUCCAGACCUAUAUGUCCCUGUCAACAGAGGUCUACAACGUACCUCCGACUGAAUCCAGACCUAUAUGUCCCUGUCAGAUGUCUACAACGUACCUCCGACUGAAUCCAGACCUAUAUGUCACUGUCAACAGAGGUCUACAAUGUGAAUCCAGACCUAUAUGUCCCUGUCAACAGAGGUCUACAACGUACCUCUGACUGAAACCAGACCUUCAGUACCAGUCAGUAGUUUGGAUUCAUUCCAGGGUUUUUCUUUAUUUUUCUACAUUGUAGAAUAACAGUGAUGACAUCAAACUAUGAAAUAACACAUAUGGAAUCAUGUAGUAACCCAAAAU